CGCCCGAGCCGGGUGAGGGCUGCUGGGGUCCCGGCGGCGACGGUGGCUCCAGAGGCUGCGGGAGAAGAUGGUGGCGCUGGAGGCUGGAGCGGCCGGAGCGGAGCUUUCUUCCCAGACUGGGCACCGACGCUGUCAUUAGCGCCGCCUGCUCCCGCGGGCCCGCGGACCCAGCUGUCAGGCAAGGCAGAAGUGGCAGCCAGCAUGCGAGGGGUUGAAGAGCAGGGGAUGAUGCUUAGGGAAAGCAGUGAACACAGACUUCCAUUUUGAGAAGCCAGGUGGAGCAAAAUGAGAGCACACUGAGCCGGCCAAGCCUCUCUCCCAGCCUUCCCCGACGCCCACCAUGAACCACUUGGAGGGGUCCGCGGAGGUGGAGGUGACCGACGAGGCAGCAGGCGGGGAGGUGAACGAGUCCGUGGAGGCCGACCUGGAGCACCCCGAAGUAGAGGAGGAGCAGCCGCAGCCGCAGCCCCCGCACUAUGCGGGCCGCCCCCAGCGCGGGCGCGCCCUGGAGGACCUGAGGGGUGCGCAGUCGGGGCAGCAAGACGAGGAGGAGCACGGCGAGUGCCUGGCGCGCUCUGCCAGCACGGAGAGCGGCUUCCACAACCACACAGACACAGCCGAGGGCGACGUGAUCGCCGCGGCCCGCGACGGCUACGAUGCGGACCGCGCGCAGGACCCUGAGGACGAGAGCGCUUACGCCGUGCAGUACCGGCCCGAGGCCGAGGAGUACACGGAGCAGGCGGAGGCCGAGCACGCCGAGGCCACCCACCGCCGCGCGCUGCCCAACCACCUGCACUUCCACUCGCUGGAGCACGAGGAGGCCAUGAACGCGGCCUACUCGGGCUAUGUCUACACGCACCGGCUCUUCCACCGUGGCGAGGACGAGCCCUACGCGGAGCCGUAUGCAGACUACGGGGGCCUCCAGGAGCACGUGUACGAGGAGAUUGGGGAUGCUCCGGACUUGGAGGCACGCGAUGGUCUGCGGCUGUACGAGCAGGAGCGCGACGAGGCGGCCGCGUACCGCCAGGAGGCCCUGGGCGCUCGCCUGCACCACUACGACGAGCGCUCGGACGGCGAGUCUGACAGCCCCGAGAAGGAGGCAGAGUUCGCGCCCUACCCGCGCAUGGACAGCUACGAGCAGGAGGAAGACAUCGACCAGAUCGUAGCUGAGGUGAAGCAGAGCAUGAGCUCGCAGAGCCUAGACAAGGCAGCUGAGGACAUGCCCGAAGCUGAGCAGGACCUGGAGCGCGCGCCCACCCCAGGCGGGGGCCGACCCGAGAGCCCUGCCCCGGCAGGGCAGCAGCAGCGGGCGGCGGGCACCGCGGGUGGGGAGGCGGUGCAGCGGUACAGCAAGGAGAAGAGGGAUGCCAUCUCGCUGGCCAUCAAGGACAUCAAGGAAGCCAUCGAGGAGGUGAAAACCAGGACCAUCCGUUCGCCUUACACCCCCGACGAGCCCAAAGAGCCCAUCUGGGUCAUGCGCCAGGACAUUAGUCCCACCGGGGAUGGUGAUGACCGGCGGCCAGUGGAUGGAGAUUCUCCAUCUCCUGGCAGUUCCUCACCCCUGGGUGCAGAGUCUUCAAGCACACCCCUCCAUCCUAGUGACCCCGCAGAGGCCUCCACAAAUAAAGAGUCAAGAAAAAGCUUGGCUUCAUUCCCAACCUAUGUUGAAGUUCCUGGACCCUGUGACCCUGAAGACUUGAUUGAUGGAAUCAUUUUUGCUGCCAAUUACCUUGGCUCCACCCAGCUGCUCUCGGACAAAACUCCCUCCAAAAACGUGCGCAUGAUGCAAGCCCAGGAGGCGGUGAGCAGGAUCAAGAUGGCCCAGAAAUUAGCCAAAAGCAGAAAGAAGGCUCCUGAAGGCGAAUCUCAGCCAAUGACUGAGGUGGACCUCUUCAUUUCUACCCAGAGAAUCAAAGUAUUGAAUGCCGACACGCAGGAGACCAUGAUGGAUCACCCUCUGAGGACCAUUUCCUACAUCGCAGACAUUGGGAACAUCGUAGUGCUGAUGGCCCGCAGGCGAAUGCCCCGCUCCAACUCCCAGGAGAAUGUGGAAGCUUCCCACCCAUCCCAGGAUGGAAAAAGGCAGUACAAGAUGAUCUGCCAUGUCUUCGAGUCCGAGGAUGCACAGCUGAUUGCACAGUCCAUCGGGCAGGCCUUCAGUGUGGCGUACCAGGAGUUCCUCAGGGCCAAUGGGAUCAACCCCGAAGAUCUCAGCCAGAAGGAAUAUAGUGACUUGCUCAACACCCAGGACAUGUAUAACGAUGACUUGAUCCACUUCUCCAAGUCAGAAAACUGCAAAGAUGUCUUCAUAGAGAAGCAGAAGGGAGAAAUCCUUGGUGUGGUGAUUGUGGAGUCUGGCUGGGGCUCCAUCUUGCCAACUGUAAUCAUAGCCAACAUGAUGCAUGGAGGGCCUGCAGAGAAAUCGGGGAAGCUGAAUAUCGGGGACCAGAUCAUGUCCAUCAAUGGCACCAGCCUAGUGGGUCUGCCUCUGUCCACCUGCCAGAGCAUUAUUAAGGGCUUGAAGAACCAGUCCCGGGUAAAGUUGAACAUCGUGAGGUGUCCUCCAGUCACUACUGUGUUGAUCAGGAGACCAGACCUUCGCUACCAGCUCGGUUUCAGUGUCCAGAAUGGAAUCAUCUGCAGCCUCAUGCGAGGAGGGAUAGCUGAGCGAGGGGGCGUCCGUGUGGGGCAUCGGAUCAUAGAAAUCAACGGGCAGAGCGUGGUCGCCACCCCCCACGAGAAGAUCGUGCACAUCCUCUCCAACGCUGUGGGGGAGAUUCACAUGAAGACCAUGCCGGCUGCCAUGUACAGACUGCUGACGGCCCAGGAGCAGCCUGUCUACAUCUGAGGCUCCCCCUCCCGGCGGCAUGCAUGGAGGACUCUCCUCACUCGUGGUUGUGUUUCUUGUGCUGCAUCCGUGUGCCCACUGAGACAUUUCCCUCUUGUGCCCAGCACUUGGUUUUAAACAGGAAGAAAAGAAUCUGCAAAGACCUCUUUGCUCUCUGUCUCUUUCCAGUUUUGCGUCUUUUGUUUCUUUUUCCAAUACCAGGGAAGUUUUGUCUGCACUCCCUCGAGGGUGGAGAGCAGCCAAUCUCCACCCUGUUUCCACCCAGGACACUCCAGCAGGGCCUCGGGGGUCCUGAGGAGGACUGUCACUGCCCAGAGGGAAAUCCUUCCUCCCAGGAGGUGCAGGCCUCUUGGCAGGAGCUCCUAGGGCGGGGAAGAAGGUGAUUCAGCAGUGCCUAAAAUCUGAUCGCUCCUCUCUGCCCUCCUCAUGUCAAUUCCUAGGAAUCUGGUAGCAACGAGGGGCCAACCCCAUUGUUAAGGUUGUGCCCUGCCCACCAUGUUGUUGGGGUGCCAUACAUUAUUUCCAUCCGGAAUUCUGAGCCAACUUCAUGCCUCUUCUAUAGCCAGUUUUACUUUCAACACAGCUGUUUUCUAAGAUGAGCUCUCUCACUCAAGGAUCGAAAGGGAACUGCCUUGGGCAAGGACACCAUCGCCUUGCAAGAGCUUGGCAAUUCCUGGGGCAUCCGCAGCUUCCCUUGGUUGUCCUGAGGUCCCCAACUGUUAGAGAGCUCUGGCAGGAGCUCUGCCCCUCUGCACCGCACACAUCGACACACACAGUCUCGCUCGCUUGUUGCCCUUCUGUCCUCACCACCAAGACACAGGGUCCCUGGAGAGCCCACAUCACCUCUCUGGGAAGCCCCUUCUCCUGGCAGGUGAGCCCAAAUGAGCCGGUCAGCCCUGUCCUGAGAGAGGCACCCUCCGGCUAAGUGGCCCUGCCAGCACCACCUUGGCUCAAAAUGUUCCCCUAGUGGACUCCCCUCAACCACCCACCUCGCACACACAGUCUGGGAAGAACGGACUGGCCCCCCUGAAGACAAGGAUCUGGGUGGAUCGUGCUAUGCUUCCUGGCCCCAGGCAGGACCUGCUUUCUUCUCCGCUCAGGGCCACGAGGCAGGAUGUGACAUCUGAAAGACCAGAAUAGUACAGAAGCCACAGGGGACCAUAACAGCCCCAAGCUAUGCCUGAAAAUCUCCAGUGUGUUCCAGAAACAAUGUCCUGCCUCGUGGGUCUGAGUGUUCUAUUCAUGUGGAAUGUUUUGUGUUUUCUCAUCAGGUGCCUCCUAUUCACGGUUCCAUCUCAGUUCUGUACAGAAGUUUUAGUAAUAUUAUUCUGAGCCAGUUUUUACUUUUUCUUGGUCCAAAGAGCAUUUUGUUUUCCUGUGAGUGGGGUGUGGCUUGCUUUGAUUUUUGUUUUGUUCAUGACCUCAGUAGAGACAGGGGAAGAGAAGCUAAUAUAUUUUGUAAUAUUAAUAUAGCCCUGUUCUCUGCACCUGGGAUAUUUAUGUUGUCUCUGUGGCGUUAGCAAUGCAGUGAGCAUACAUGUCGGGUAGUACUUAUUUACACAUGGCAUGGAGGGAUUUUGGGGCGGGAGACGAAUGAAUAUGAAAAGAUUAGGAAUAAGAGACUUCCCUCAGAGAGGCUGUGCAGUCUGUUCCCCUGGGUCUCCGUAAUGAAGGAAACCAGCAUUUUCCGCUCAGUAGAAAAGCCGGAAGUUUCAGGGCAGAAGUGUCAGUGUGGCUGUGGUAUAAGCCCCAAUAAAGAGGGGCUGUCACUGCCCCCAAAGUCUUCUCUGGGGAGGAGAGUUGCUGCCUCUCCAGAGGAGUCGGGGUGGGUAUUUCAGCUCCCCUCAUGUCUUUUGAGAAUACUUAGCUGGAGGCUGCUGCCCCAAAGUUGACCCACCACAAAUGUCAGGAGCCUGGAACCAUGGCUCCGGGUUCUUCAUCUUUCUUGAUGCAACCGAACUGUACAGUGUCUGAUAAUAUUAAAUAUCAAGGAGUCAUAAGUUCUUUCCUCUACCAAAAGUAUAGUGGCUAGAACAGGAAGGAGGUGAUCCUCAUGGGAUUGCUGGCAUCUGGACCCUGGGAACCAUGUGGAUUGAUGCCAGCUGCUCCCAGGGUGACCAUUUGGCCCCCUGCCCACCAAGCCCCUGCCCAGGGAGCAGCCUGCCCUCGUUUUAUGGGGGCCAGGGGAGCACUCCACCUGCACACCCCACCCCUAAGCAGCCUCCCAAUAAUGGCAAUGAAACAUCUUCACCCCAAGGAGAGGGGAGGGGGACUAUACUUUCUUUUGCUAGUACACAAAAAUCUUGGGAAAUUUGAAAGGUGCUGAAAAAGCCACUGUGGUUCAGUUCUCCUAAAAGACUAACGUUUUAGCUUAAGAAUAAGACCAUUUAUCCACCACGUACCUUUGAGUUAAUAAAAGCGGCUCCUCACACCCAGAUAGCGCAUGUGGCCGGAACUCGGUACAGAUUCACCCGGCUGAAGUGUAGCAUUUUCCUUUGCUCCCAGUGGAUGGGGGAGUUGACCGGCCUGUGGUUAACCAAGGAGACAGAAACUUUAAUGUUAGUAACUCAGUUUUUGAAAGCCCAGUGGGAAGCGGUGAUCUAUUUCCCUUCUGACACCCCAAUCUGUAUAGUUAUAUAUGCAAAUAUCUGGUACCCAGCAUAAUGGGGACGACUAUGUACAGAGCAGCCUUCCCAAACAUUGCUCGGGCAAAAAGCCACUCUUGCCACUCGGCUAGGACAUGCUUGUGACUCAGCUUUGGGAACAGAUUCCCAGAUUCCUCUACCCCUCCUGGGCCAGCCAGGAUGCACCAGAACCCACCCUGCCUUUGCCUUCUCAAAUGCAAGCAUUUCAGGGAGUCACCAUCAGCCUUGGGUUCACGAGAGGAAAAAACCCCCAGAGACCAAUGCCUGGAGCCCACUCCCCUCACCAAGUGGGCGCCUCGGGGCCUGGGCUCCAUCAUGGGGCUCUGGACUCCAUACCCCGCAGACGGGUCUGCUUUCUGAACAUUGUCCACCAUCACUGGCCUCAGAGAGUCCCAGAGUAACCUACUACCUCCCCCAUCGCUCCUGCCACCCCCACGGCCCCCGCCUGCACCCAGCACCCCCCAUCUGCACGCUGACCAAACCCACCCACAGAGCCCUUCUUGGGCCCCUGGACCCAGUGGUGUGGCUGUUACAAUGUUUACAACCAAGGGCCACCUCCUCAUAGACGUGUUUACUCUCCCACUCGCAAGGUCACUGGUUGGUUUGAGUUUCAUGUCCGUCUGCUCCUGCCCUGAUUUGGGCCGACUUGAGCACAUGACACUGAUUUUUACGUCCCCCUCCACUGAGGCAGUGCGUGAGGACUGUGGGUAGGAAAUCUCAUGUACAUAUUCAGCACAGCCCCUAGAGUAUGAACUUGUAUUAUUGUUCUGUAAAGAGGGUGAAAUAGAGCUUAUUGUAAAGCCUUGGGAGAAGUAUAGUAUUGUAUUUGUAAGAAUAGCGUUCUUUGUAUACACAAAACUCAAUGAUCUCUAUAUAUAAAUAUAAAUAUAUAAAUAAAAGAUAUAUACAUGUGAGCCUGGAAUGUUGAUGCCGCACACCCACUGAAUGUACUUCCUCUGACAGUCUGGUCACUGGGCCGGCCCGCCCUCCCCUCUGCCGCACCGUUUUGGGGGUUGUGAUGUACGUAAUGUGCUAUCUCCCUUUAUUUAACUGAACGCUAAUGUCUGUAAGAGUUGCCGCAACAAUAAAUGAGAAC